AGGCACAUAGUAAGAAGUGUCGUGAUGUCCUCAGGAAGGAGGAAGACGUGGGUAAAGUGGAUUAUGCCUGCCACAUUUUUGAAAAAGCAGCUUUCUUUUUCCUCCUUUUUCUCUCUUCGCGCGCAAAUGCGCAACACACACACACACACACAAACAGAUAGGGGUUAGGAUGGGGGAUGGGGAGGCUUCCUAGAGCCAGAUCUGGGGGAGAGUGGGUUGACUGCCUCUUCUCCCACUCUCAUUGGCGCCUCUCGUGGGAGCGGCGCGGCGGCAGCGGCGGCGGCUGCUGCUGCUGCUGCUGCUGCAGCUUCAACUCACUAUGGCCCCAGUGCGCUCAGGAGCUGGAGCCCGAGCCGGAACCGCGCCCAGGGUGCUGGCAGCAGCUGGAAGCACUUGCUCCUAGGACCGCCAGUUUCCUAGCCAUGUACUCCGACAACAGUAGCGACGAUGGCGGUGGCGGGUACUGGGGCAGCGGCAGAGCAGGAGGAGCCAGUGGCACUGGGGUUACUGGGGAGCCCGGGCCAGAGGGGAGCCCUCGCCAAGCGCCCCUUUUCAGUCCCGGGACCUACGAGCUGCUAGCGCUGUUGAUCGCCACCAUCGGGCUGUUGGGCUUGUGCAACAAUUUGCUGGUGCUUGUCCUUUACUAUAAGUUCCAGCGGCUCCGCACCCCAACUCACCUCUUCUUGGUGAAUAUCAGUUUCAAUGACCUGCUCGUGUCCCUCUUUGGAGUCACCUUUACUUUUGUGUCGUGCCUCAGGAGCGGCUGGGUCUGGGACUCGGUGGGCUGCGCAUGGGACGGGUUUAGCAACACUCUCUUCGGGAUUGUUUCUAUUAUGACCCUCACUGUCCUUGCCUAUGAGCGCUACAAUCGAAUUGUCCAUGCCAAGGUGAUUAAUUUUUCCUGGGCUUGGAGGGCUAUAACCUACAUCUGGCUUUACUCAUUGGUAUGGACUGGAGCUCCUCUCCUGGGCUGGAACAGAUACACUCUGGAAAUCCAUGGCCUAGGCUGCUCAGUGGACUGGAAAUCUAAAGACCCCAAUGAUUCCUCCUUUGUGAUUUUCUUAUUCUUUGGCUGUCUGAUGUUGCCUGUUGGUGUCAUGGCCUAUUGUUAUGGCCAUAUUUUGUACGCCAUCCGAAUGCUCCGAUGUGUUGAAGAGCUUCAAACCAUCCAAGUGAUUAAAAUCCUGAGAUAUGAAAAGAAAGUGGCCAAAAUGUGUUUUUUAAUGAUAGCAAUAUUUCUGUUCUGCUGGAUGCCUUAUGCAGUGAUCUGUCUCUUGGUAGCAAAUGGCUAUGGCAGCCUGGUCACACCAACUGUGGCUAUCAUCGCAUCUCUCUUUGCCAAAUCUAGUACUGCGUAUAAUCCAAUUAUCUACAUCUUUAUGAGCAGAAAGUUUCGGAGAUGCCUUUUACAGCUCCUGUGUUUCAGGCUGCUAAAAUUCCAGCAGCCCAAGAAAGAUAGACCUGUCAUCAGGACCGAAAAGCAGAUAAGACCUAUAGUGAUGUCCCAGAAAGUUGGAGAUCGGCCAAAGAAGAAAGUGACUUUUAGCUCCUCCUCCAUCAUCUUCAUCAUCACCAGUGAUGAGACUCAGAUGAUUGAUGAGAAUGACAAAAACAGUGGGACAAAGGUGAAUGUGAUCCAAGUUCGACCUCUCUAGGGAAGGAGGGAGACAGGAAAAGACCAGAUUUUGCUUGGUGAACACAGCUUCUGAUUUUUAAUUUUGAAGACUGUGAUGAAAUUUCCCAGAGGAUUUUUGCUCCACUGUGAUAUGAUAAACACCAGUUGACACAGUUGGGACUCCAGUUAUGUUCACUGGCCUCAGAAAAUACCUGAACAAUGAUUUUGGUCAAUGGGUGCUCCAUGUAUUGAAAUACAACUUAACAACGUAAGAUGUUUAGAGGAUUAUUUUGAGCUGUAAGAAUCUUAAAGGUCAUCUAAUCCAAUCUCCUUAUUUUAGAGGCCUGGCAAGGUAAAGUUGCAAGGUCAAACAUACAACUUGUUAAGAGAGUAGGACUCAUCACUUUCCAAAUAAGAAGGAUAUUUUUAUUCGAACUGUUUCUAAAUGCUGUACUUUCUAGUGCUUGUGAUGCUUUCUCUCUCUCUGUUUUGAAUAUGUGACUUCAAAAAUUCUUCAUCUUACACAUAUACAUAAAAUGGGUAGGAAAACUCACCAACUGUAACUAGAGAGUACACAGUUCUUUACACUAACUAUGUCCAACUGUCUCCUUUAUAAAUGUGAUAUCAUGAUUAUCCAGCUCUGAAAUGAAAAAUUAUAGGUAUUUUCCCAGUUUCUAAUAAAUGGAUGUUGGCAGAAGACUUUGAUGAUAAGUUUAACCAUGACAACCAAAUAACAGAUUAAGACAGAUGUGCUGCUAAUACAACUAUAGAAUAUGUGCAUGCUAGAGGAAAGAAGACAUCAUUUUGAAAAAAAAUUAUUCUUGUACUCUAAAAUAAUGCUAACAAUACUUUUCUGGUAUUUAAAAUAUAGAAUCCUGCAUCACCAAAAAUAUAUCUAGUAAAUAUGGCAUUAAUCAGGGGAGAGUCAUCAACUACAUGUGACAAAAUAUGAUAUAAGGCUUAUUAAUCACUUUCAUUAAUUUCCAUAUAUAUCUGCCAAGCACAUAGCAUUUAUUGAACACAUGUGGAAGGGGAUAGUAUUAGUCAAGCACCAACAGUGUAUUAGAAAAUGGUGAAGGAUUAGAAAACGGGCUAUUCUCCCCAAAUAGGGAUAUAACUAAAACAAGACUGAUUUGAAAUCAUGAAUUUACAUGGCUUCCAGAGUGCCACCACACAGAAUUAGAGCUAGAAUAAACUUUAGAGUUCAACUACUCCAAUCCUUUCAUUUAAUAUAUUUUCAGAGUGGUCAAAAGAUUUUUCCCAAGGUAACACUAGUAAAUAUUAAAGCCAGAACUUAAAACCUAAUCUUAUGAAUCAAACAUCCAUGCUUUUUCUACUAUACUAGCUUCUUCCCUGGACUUAGAAGAGAAAUAUUUGUUCUAUUUGUCAUUAUCUCAUAUUUAUUAUUUAAUUUUUAUUGUCAGGAUAACUGCUUGACCUGCUGGUAUAGCAUCUUUCAUGAACCUCAAAGUGAAUUUCUUGAUAGACUGAGAAGAGAAGAACCAAAGAAAAAGUUUUCACAAAAAGUGCUUUUGAAAGUCACUUUUAUGGACUAGCCCAACCCCAACUUAUAGCUAAAGAUCAAGUUGGUUAAACUGUGAUUGAAGGUCUAAAAUAAAGUAAAAUGUUUCAUAUUUCUAAUAAAACAUCUCAGUGUACAUUUUAAAA